GUUUACAACAGGCGAAGGAAAAGAUAAAAUACUGUACUGUGCGAAUCAGCGUCAACAUUAAUACCGUCAAAGAGGCAAUUUGGAACAGACGCUUUAUCAAUUAAUGGCAAAAUGGAAGAGGAAAAGGAGGAGCGGAGGAAACCAGUAGCUGUUUUCAUGGCUUUUGGUACCAAAGGCGACGUUUAUCCUAUCGCUGCCAUUACUGCUUCUUUUGCUCGUGAUCAGAAACAGUAUGAUGUAAUCCUGAUAACUCAUUCAGCACAUGAGACCUUAAGUUCUCACUUGGCGAAAGAAAAAGCUGCUUAUUUUCCAAUUUCAUCACCACCAGUUCUUUCUCCUCCUGGAGAUAUUGAUACAACAGAUAUACACACUUUCUUAAUCUUAUAUUUAAAGAUUGCUAUGGAAAACCUGAUAGUCUUGCUCUCCAUGAUGACGCAGGAAGGAUGGAGCCUUGCAGAGGCUUUUUGCAUCCGUUGCAUGGUUGCUGCUCCUUAUGUUGUUCCAUACAGUGCACCUUCAACAUUUGAAUGCAAGUUCAGAAAAGAACUUCCUGAGCUAUAUCAGUAUCUCAAGCAAGCUCCUUUUGACAAGGUUUGUUGGAAGGACGUGAUUCACUGGAUGUGGCCCCUUUUUACUGAAACUUUUGGAUCAUGGAGAAGUGGAGAUUUGAAUCUGAGCUCUUGCCCUUUUAUGGAUCCAGUAACAGAUCUACCAACUUGGCAUGCCAUGCCGCAAUCUCCUCUCCUCUUUUAUAUGCUUGCCACUGCUAGGGUUCAAAGGUUUACUCAUUUGUUUAUGCAUCUGGUCUUGGAUAACACUGCUCAUCCUUUCUUCCAUCAACUAUUUUGCAGCAUGGGUUUCUUGAGGAAUCCCCAAGCAUUUCUUCAAGUUCUUCAAACUGUUUUAGAGAUCACAAGUUACAGAUUCAUCCUUUUUACUGAUGGCUAUGGACCUUUAGAUGCAGCAAUUAGGAUCAUUGCAACUGAAUCAUCUUCAAACGAAAGGAAGUCCACUGAUGCUGGGAUCUCUCUCUUUGACGAUCGACUCUUCUGCUUUUCUGGUAUGGUACCAUACACUGUGCUCUUUCCAAGAUGUGCUGCUGCAAUUCAUCAUGGUGGCAGACUUCAGGUUGGGAUCCCCCAGCUCUCAGUGGCAGGCUAUAGCUUGCCAACUCCAUGCACAAGAAGGAAUUUCAAAUAUCAAGUUGAUAAAAGUUUGAGAGCUUCCUGGUGCAUCGUUCUUGCAAUCAGUGCUAACUUGAACUUUCAGAUAAUAUGUCCAUUUAUGCUAGAUCAGUUCUACUGGGCUGAGAAGAUGUUUUGGCUUGGAGUUGCCCCAGAACCAGUAGAAAGAAACCACUUAGUUCCAGAGAAAAUGAAUGAUUCUGGCAUUAGGAAAGCUGCAAUUGUGCUAUCAAAAGCCAUACAUGACGCAUUAUCUCCUAGAAUCAAAGCAUGUGCUUUAAGAAUUUCAGAAAGAAUUUCUUGUGAGGAUGGAGUCUCAGAAGCUGUGAAACUCUUGAGGGAAGAGAUCUGCUGUUAGACUUAUGGUUAGACAAAGCUGAUUCUUUCUCUCAUUUCUUCUAUGGAAAUUCACUGGAUUCACAGCAGCGACACUCAGGUUGGAAUCACUCAACUUGUUGACGGUAAACUAAACAAUUCGUCUCUUUUGCUUGUUCAAUGGGAGAGGCCGCCUUCUUUUUUCUUUUUAUAUAGAGCUAUUGCCAGUAUCUUAUGCUAAGGUAUGUCUUGAGAAACCACCUAGACGGUAGCUGAAGUGAUAAGGACUCCAUUUUUCCUAUGGCCUGGUUUCAGGUUUGAAGCCUUAUAUGGUAGUGACUCAUGCAUCUACCUGUUCUGAGAAAGAGUCCAACUUGCAUCUGGGUGGUUUUGGUGAUAAGCUUGCA